AGCGUUUUACAAUUUGGACUUGCGUACUAUAUCGAUUGUCCGACUCCGGUUCUUUAUCCCUAGUGCACAACAAAGUCGUGGUCAACAGCAACAAACUUUUUAUUCAGAAGCAAAAUUAAGAUAGCGAUGAAAAGCAAGAUAGCGAUGUAAAGGACCGCGAAGAAGCACUACACCACGCAGCGCCACGAGUUGCGCCUAAACUUCUACUUCGACAAUUCUAUACAUCGGCACUGUUGCAAGAGCAAGAACUGCUCCAAUUACACUACUAGAAGAAAUACAGAAUCUCACCAGCAGAAACAAAACUGCAUGAAGAUGGCCUCCUCAGCAUCGAUCCACAAAUUUUGUCCUAACCCCCCGCCGGAGUUGCGACAGUGCAACUUCUACCUCGAAGAAGAUGCCGUGGUGACGUGCCGCAGCUUCUUUGACGCGGAAAUCAAGCCCUUUUUGGGAAAUCGGCGCGGAAGUCAAAGUGGUACACCAGAUGAUAUUAAUGACCACACGCACGGCAGUUCUAGCAAUAUCAAAACCUGUCCUAUCACAACCUUCGAGGACUUCAUGGAAAAAGCGAAGGCGCAUAGAAAAGCGUACUGGGAGAAUAUGACUUGCUCAAGCGUUACAAUCUCAAACGUUACAAUAGAGUCUGAGAUUUGUCUUGCAUGAUGAACAUGACAGACUCGGACAGCAUUCCACUUUCUGCAAUACAAAUUUCGCCAUAUUGUAGUGCGGAUUAGGACUCCAGAACUUGUCAUGCGCAAUCCUAUGAGAGUUGGCCAGAUCAUGCGCCCAUGCAUCACAGAUUUCCAUAUUCUAUUGUAACGUUUGAGAUUGUAACAGCUGAGCAGGUCAUAGAGAAAAAAUUGACGUCGUUUUACCAGAAAGAUGCUGGUGGCGACACUUCUACAAGUAGAACACCAGGAGAAACAGGCACAGGUAGAAGUACUUCUUCCUCUUCGACCCCCGCCGCAGCGGGGGCAUCGGUUAGUAUUCCCUUUGCGAGGCAGGAACAGGUAAAACAGCGCGUAGUGGAACAAGAUACUCCGCAGGCUUCCAAGAAGAUCGCCCUUGACCACUGUGAAGCCGAUUCGGCAUUAACAGCGUGGCCGCAGCACGUUGGAAAUGAGGUGGUGCUGUGGCGCGGCUACGACCUUACCGUCGCGCAGCAUCCGAUAGUUGGGCGUGCGACCUUGGAUCAGCAAGUGGAGCAGUUGCGGAGAGAACUGGUGGUAGAAGUCUCGCCGACGUCAACUGCACAGCGCGCGACCACAACUUCAACGACAGCAUCUUCGAAGAUCAGCAGCUGCACACAGAACAAGGUCUUGACUGCUGGUGACGAAGAGUUCUUCUACGCCUCCGCCGUUAUGGACCGCUCCGACAAGGUCCAAGGCCUGCUUUAUAACGUCUAUCAAUUUUACGCCGCAGCGUGCGGCGAUCGGGAGUGGUCGGUUGAAGAUGUAAACUACUAUCUUCACAACGAUGUCAGUGCAGCGCAAACACGAGGCAAUAAUGCUGACAGUGACACGACAUCAAGAGAAAACGAUCUUCAGUCCUCUCAGACAACUGGCACUGGCAGGAACGUGAACAGUUGCCCGACGAACUACAACACUAGGGAUAUCGGCGUGUUGGACCAAAGUAUCAUUGACCAGAAGCGGCACCGAAACAUCUCCAUGACCCAAGAACUCCAGAACAUGCAAUUCAUUCACGCCACUUUUGCUUCAGUCGCGAACGAUAUUUUCGGCUGCAAAAAUACCUCCCUCCCGCUAGUCGACUUCGAAAUUGUGAAUCUCGGUGGCAAUCGCAUGGCUAGUGGGAAAGCGGAAUGCGUCAGGACAAGCUUUUUGUGUGAUUUGCGGCGGGAAAUUACCGACAGGUUGCAGCUUUUCGAAGAAAACGCAGCGAACACGCGCGUCUUAUCAAAUGUAAAAAUGUCUGGGUCUGGAAACUUGUGAUGCUAAAAUGUGAACGAUGGAAACAGUUCAGAAUGCAACUUAGCAUGACAACUUUCCAGAACGCUUUCUCAUAGGCAAUCCGCAUGAGAAACUGCGUGUUUGAAUGUACAAAAGAGGCUGCGACUUUUGUUGGUCUUGCAAUACAGAUUUCCUAGGAAUGGAAAGCUAGCAUUACAAGUUCCAACCUUCCAGACCCAGACAUAUUUGCAAUACAUACCUCUUGCAAGACUACGUGUUCCUCAACGUUCCGAUCGUUUGGACGCUCGAAUUAUCCAAGAAAAAAACUGUGUAAGUGUAACUUUGUGUUGCAGACGAUGCAAGACACUUACAACUGGCAUGCUGGGCAUGCGUCAGAGGCUCCUUUCGUACGUGUUUUCAGCCACUAGCUACGCAUCACAGGUUUUCUCCGUCAUGCAGAGCAAACUUGUGAUGCUGUUCCUCCAAGAAAGUUACACUUACACAGUUUUUUUCUUGCAUACGAAUGCGCCCUUGCUCGCGAGGUGGCCGCCGCACUGCAUGCGUUCAGCAAAGCGUCACUUUGUGCGAUGGAGAAACACCUGGACUUGGGUCCUGGUGUUCUCGAGUGUGAUCCGCUUUUCACGCUUCUUGCUGAAGAGAACGACGACGAGGAGGAGGACUUGUGCAUAGUAGGCGCCGACGGGGAAACGAAACAAAAUAAACCAGCGACCUCAACGGGAGGCACUACGUCCUCAUCAGGAACAGGACAACGACUUGUUCCCUCAUCAACUACUACUGCUACUACUGCUUCCAGCGCAUCUUCUAGUUCUAGCAGUGCUCCUCCGAACUUGAAGAUCCCCGCGGAUGAAAUGGAAAACUCUGGAACGAGUCCUAGUGCCUAUCGCAAUGUGGCCAGGCAGUUGGCGAAUCAGCGUCGGAAGUUAGCUCAGUCGGAGGUACUGCGUUUCACACUCUGUCGCCGGCACCGGUUGUCUUUCCGGUAUUAUUUCAGUUCAUUUUUGGAACCUGAGGACUGCAUCCGAUACGAGAAAAUGUAUCCCCAAAACGACGUGCUGGGGAGCCACGGGAAGUGUUUUUCCCUCGGAUUCAAAUGCAACGCAGCGAGCGUAUCAAAUGCAAACAUGUCUGGGUCUGGAAGAAUCCAAGGUCUGUCAUGCCCUGCUAGCAUGACUCCAAAGUCUGUCAUGCACAGUACCCAAAAGCCCCAUUUUUCUGUCAUGCAGAAACGCGCUUUAUUGUCAUGCAGAAUACACAACACGCAGGUACUCAGAAACUUGUCAUGCUGCGCUGCCAAUUGAGCCGUCCUCAUGAUUGUCCUACCUGCAUCACAACUUUUCAGACCCAGACACAUUUGCACUCCAUAGAGCGGGGUUCUGGUCGAUUGCGGUCUGUGCUACAUUAAGAUGGAGCACAACAAGAAGAAAUCCGGGACAACUACUUCCUCAGCAACUGACGAGGACGUUCGCGACCAGUACAGCUUAAAGCAGGCGCAAUUCAAGGCGGGCGGGUACUAUGGCCUGAACGAGAUUCUGCUCACUUGGUAUUUCCAGGGAUACGCUGAUGUGGAUAAUUCUCGUCUUUCGGGGAGAAUUUUCAAAGACAGUACGGGCGGCGCUUAUGCAUUGCAAAAGUAACGUCCUAGUAUAUAUUGCAUCACAAAUUUUGGCAAGAAGAAAACUGGAAUUUGUAAUGCUGUUUUACCUUAGAAGGGAGAUUUGUCAUGCAUAUUUGCAGUUGCAAUUAGUACGAGUGCGAUACUUUUGCGCAGCGUAGCACUGGCGCGACCGCAACAAGAGGCGAGAUCGAAAAAGAACAUUUCGAAGCUUUUCUCGACUCCAUUACCGUCAAGAGAUGGGACGAUAUCACACAGAAAAAAACUGGCAGGUCAUAUUUGUAACGCAAAAAUAAAUAGACAGAGAAUUAUAUAAGCAAUGCGACUCGCAUUGAUCGCAAAACCGGCAGCGGUUUGUCGCAUUGCUCGCAUUAUAGAAUAAAAAAAUACAAAUUUUUUUGUCUAUUAUAGACAAAAAAAUUUGUAUUGCAUAUCCUAAAUAGCAUGCUAUGAGGCCGCCCAUGACAGAUCUCUCUGUGUAUCUGUAUUUAUUUUUGCAUUACAAACAUGCCCUGCCAGCUUUUUUCUGUGGGAUAGACGAUCUGAAUUACGCAGAACCGUUCCCAGGCCGCGUGUGGUACCUGUUUCUUCGCUAUGCCAUGGAAGUUGUUGUAAAGGGUCGCACUCGCUGUGGAAGUUGCAAUUGUGUAGAAACCUGAAAUGGAGGAAUGCAUCUUGUGGUGCUGAUUUGAUACAUUGAGCUUUAAGUUUACCGGCGGAAGAAGAUCUGUGAUGCCUGGCUGCAAGUGCAAUUUUUAUUCGAGCCGGGUGCGACAUUUUUCCUUUAGCGCAGGAUAUCCUUGCGCGAGCGGCGAGUGACCCGUGCCGGGCCGAUAUUUGGUUCGGAACGGAACAAGAAGCAGUAAACUUCCUAGAGGAUUUGAAAUUGUUCGCGAAAAUGUUGUGGACGUACAAGAGAAACUUGGGAAAGACGAUAUCCUGUGCAAAAGUAUCGUAAUCGUAUUGCAAUCAUGCAUUUAUACAAAUCUUUUUCAUUUUCUCAAGUUCAAUCAGCAUUACAAAUUUUUAUUUAAUUUCUCAUGCUGAGGAAAUGAUAAUAAUUUGUAAUGCAUUUAUACGAGUGCGAUGCUUCUGCACUGCAUAAACGACGCUUAAGAACAACUUUUCGCUUGAUGGCGCCCUUGCGAAAAGCAUCUGUCCGCCGUGGUUGCCGUGUGUCUGUGUGGUCUCCAAGUAUAAUCCGCGGGAGGCAGACUUCACAGAAGCCAAAUUCUGGGUGGAGGAACUGCAAACCGUCGUGGAGAAACCGACAAAAAGAACCACCAGCAACUACCCGACCACGAAACUGUCUUCAAACUCGAUCUCGCAGAUCCACCCCGAUUUGCAAAACAAGCCCGAUUUUGGCCACGCAACCUGGGUGGAUUUAGCGAAGGCGGUGUUUCUAUCAAAUGCAAAAAUGUCUGGGUCUGGAAACUUGUGAUGCAUGUCAGUGAACAGAAAGCGCCUUGUAAUGCACCGCCAAGCAUGACAGAUUUUCUCGUGGCUCUCUGUAUCUGUUGCGUAUUCCGCAUGAGAAACAUCGUUUUUGCAUGACAGACAAGAGGAGGUCUUCGUGGCCACGCAAUACAGAGUUCAGAGUCAUGCCAAACUAGCAUGAGAAAUCUCGAAAUCUUCCAGACCCAGACACUUUUGCAUUCCAUAGUUUCAGACCCGACUGGAGAGGCAGGAAAGGAGAAGGAAGAGGCAAGAGGUGAAAAAACUCCUGGUUGCGGAUGAUCAUAUGGAGGAGGAGAAAGGAAUUAAAGAUGAAGCAGCUGAUGGACCCCGCUUGAAUAAUAUUGGAGCCGACGUCGACGUUGAUGAUGAUCCGAUGGAGGUCGUGGGAGGUACUAUGGACUGCAGUGGUCAGGCUGACGACCGCGAAAUAGACUACAUUGGAAGUGAUUGUGAGGAAGCCGGCGAAAAUGAGUCGGACGAGGAAUUAGAAGUGCCGGGCGUCCGCGAUCCGAUCAAAAUUUACUGCCUGUUUCCGGAGGAAGAAGAGGAUGAGGAAGAGGAGGAGGAUGGGAAAAUGAAAAAAGACGCAACUCUUGCUGGAGCUUGAAAAAGAAAGUAGUCAAGGUGACUGUGCUACUUGAUCUUGACAAGAACUGUACUGCAGACGUUGAUGAAAAAAUUGUGGCCAUACUUACAACUAAAGACUCCUGUUUUGGUGCUUCUUGCAACAACCGAACACCAUCGCUUGUUGACUUCUUGACAAGUGCUUGCUUGAUGCAGGCUCAUUUGUAGUUUCGUG